AUGCUUCAUUUUAAUGAAUUUGUUUGUUUUCCGUCUGAAGGUCAAACCGGAGAAUAUAAAACACGUAUUCUGGAUGUUGCUCGCAUCCAAGGUGCUCGAGUCCUUGGUUCUCUGAUCAAUCGACGACCACGCCGUGUUGAUACGCAUCACCAUAUCGUUCCUGACUUUUAUGCUCAAGCUGUAAAAGCUACCGGUGGAGAUCCAUCAGGUUGGCCAACGCCAAAAUGGUCUCUACAGUCAGCCAAAGAACAGAUGUCUCUGUUGGGUGUGGAAAUCGCUUUCCUUUCGAUCACAGCUCCAGGUACCAAGAUUUAUGAAGGAAAUACAGAAAAAGGUAGAAAUUUCGCUCGGAAAUUGAAUGAAUUUUCGGCGAAUUUGGUGCAACAAGAUCCUGCAAAAUUUGGACUCUUUGCUUCACUUCCAUCUCUAAUCGAUAUCGAAGGUGCUGUUGCCGAAAUUCAUUAUGCUCAUUCAGUCCUCAAAGCUGAUGGAUUUAUACUAUUCACAAGCUACGACCAUGAUAAGUAUCUUGGUCAUUCAUCUUUUCGACCGGUGUGGGCCAAAUUAAAUGAUAUCAAUUCUGUUAUUUUUAUCCAUCCAAGUGAAGCACCUACAACAAUUGUCAAUCGUUACAUGCCACAACCUUUCGUUGAUUAUCCUCAUGAAACCACUCGAACAGCUGCAGACAUUGUUCUCAGUGGUACUCGUGCGGCAUUUCCUAACCUCAAGAUAAUAUUGUCUCAUGCCGGUGGUACACUUCCAUUUCUUGGCAAACGAUUAGCUGGUGCUGGAUUGAUUCGAUCCUUGAAGUGCCCUCUAGGCCCCCGACAAAUCUUGUCUGAUUUACGAUCGUUCUAUUUCGAUACAGCUCUAUCAUCAAGCGUUCCUCAACUUAAAGCACUUCUCGAAUUUGCUGAUCCAUCAAAGAUUCUAUUUGGAAGCGACGUUCCAUACGCAUCCUUCCCAUUGUCACUUUAUAUGACCAAAUGUUUUGAUUGUUUUUUUCAAAUACAACUAUAA